AAGUGAUAGGUGAGACAGAUUCUAUUACUCAGCUCGAUACGAUGAUUUAACUGACUUGGAUUGGACUUGGCGUUCCGGAGGAGUCGUCCCCCGUUGCCCUUACGCGGACAUGGAUUCCUUUCUUGCCCACCAAUCCAGAAGAAAAAUCUGGAACAAACGGCGAAUUUAAAUAUGCACUGGCUUCGAAGCUCUCUCGCUCUCACUCAAAAUCCUCUGCCUCGUCUGAAUCCAACUAAAAGCGAGACAAAAUGGAGCACGAACAUGGCCAAGCUGAUGCCCCCCACAACGACGGAUUCGAAACCCACGAUCUUCAAUCCGUCCUCUCUUCUCCCGAGAGGGAUUUCCUCAUUCGCAACAAUGGGGAUCAGGUCAAAAUUGAGAGUCUGAAGGGGAAGAAGGUUGGGCUAUAUUUUUCAGCAUCCUGGUGUGGUCCGUGCCGACGCUUCACCCCCAAUCUAGUGGAUGUUUACACUGAACUGUCACAUUAUGGCAAUUUUGAGAUUGUUUUUGUCUCGGGGGAUGAAGAUGAAGAAUCAUUCCAGGGGUAUUUUGCCAAGAUGCCGUGGCUUGCUAUCCCCUUUUCUGAUUCAGACACACGUGACAACCUGGAUGGGUUGUUUAAGGUGAUGGGGAUACCUCACCUCGUGAUCCUUGAUGAAAAUGGGCAGGCUUCGACUGAGGAUGGAGUUCAGAUAAUUCAGGAUUAUGGAGUUGAUGCUUAUCCUUUUUCCUCAGAAAAGAUCAAAGAAAUUGAAGAAGAGGAGGAAGCCGCUAGGAGGGAACAAUCCCUUAAAUCUGUUCUAGUCUCCCGUUCUCGUGAUUUUGUGAUCUCAGCGGAUGACAAGAAGGUGCCCGUCUCUGAGCUUGAAGGGAAGACUGUAGGCCUUUAUUUUUCAGUGUCUUCAUAUGGUCCAUGCCUUCGGUUUAAUACUAAACUGAUUGAAGUUUAUGAGAAAUUGAAGGCAAAGGAGGAGAACUUUGAGGUUGUGAUGAUACGCCUUGAUGAUGAAGAAGAAGACUCCUUCAAGGAAGACUUUGCGAGAAUGCCUUGGUUUUCUCUGCCUUUCAAGGACAAGAGCUGUGGGAAGCUGGCUCGGUACUUUGAUCUUUCAACUAUACCCUCAGUGGUCAUUAUCGGCCCAGAUGGGAAGACUCUUCAAUCGGAUGUUGCUGAGACCAUUGAAGAAUAUGGCGUUCAAGCAUACCCUUUUACUCCAGAAAAGCUUGCUGAGCUUGAGGAGAUAGAAAAGGCGAAGCGGGAAGCACAAACUUUGGAGUCAAUUCUGGUUUCAGGAGACCUUGAUUUUGUAAUUGGAAAAGAUGGAGUCAAGGUUCCAGUUUCUGAUCUUGUUGGGAAAACCAUCCUCCUCUACUUUUCAGCACAUUGGUGUCCCCCAUGCCGCGCUUUCAUGCCAAAACUCGUCGAAGCCUAUCACCAAAUUAAGGCUAAAGAUGAUGCAUUUGAGGUGAUUUUCAUCUCCAGUGACAGGGACCAAAGCUCAUUCGAGGAAUUCUUUUCUAACAUGCCAUGGCUGGCACUCCCCUUUGGAGAUGAGAGGAAAUCGUCUCUGUCGCGCACUUUUAAAGUUCAGGGCAUCCCUAUGGUCGUUGCACUUGGGCCAUCUGGCCGGACUGUGACAACUGAAGCCAGAGAACUUGUCAUGCGUCAUGGAGCCGAUGCGUAUCCCUUCAGUGAGGAACGCUUGAAGGAGCUCGAGGCACAGCUUGAGGAGAUGGCAAAGGGGUGGCCUAAGAAGUUGAAACAUCCAUCACAUGAACACGAGCUCGAACUAACUCGACGUGUGCGGUAUGGAUGCGAUGGGUGUGAAGAACCGGGUGACGUUUGGGCAUUUCAUUGCAAAGAUUGUGACUUCGAUCUGCAUCCCAAGUGUGCUAUGGAAGAAGAGAAAGGAACCAAACCUGAGAACGAAGAGGCGGCAGAAGAGAAACCCAAAGAAGGAUGGAUUUGUGAUGGAGAUGUGUGUUACAAAGAAGCUCAGUGAGUCUGUGCUCUGAAUCCAUGGCAGUUCAAUCCUACAUAUUUGCUAUUUACAAUAAGAGUUGGCUCGCUAUUUAGUUUUUGAGGCUUUGAAGCUCUGGUUUCCUUUUUUAUGUAUAUAUUUUAUUGUAUGUUUGUGGCUUGUACAUUUAAAUAAUGAGCCAUCAAUAUAUGUAUUUCAGUUGGUGUCUUUAUAAUGUGGAGGUAUUUACAGA